CUUUUGAACCAUCACAAUCCAUGUCUUUUAUAUAUAUAACCCCUAUCCAGUUCCAUUAUCCCAAACAUUCCUUUCGGACAUUCCAUACACCUGAAAACAAAACAAUGGAAGCAUCUCAGGGAGGGAAGAAGAGAGGGAACAACAACGAGGAGAUUCGAUACAGGGGAAUGCGGCGGAGGCCGUGGGGGAAGUUUGCAGCAGAGAUACGCGAUCCGACGAGGAAUGGAGCACGGCUGUGGCUUGGAACUUUUGAUACGGCCGAAGAGGCGGCAAGGGCGUAUGACAGGGCUGCUUUUGCUUUCCGGGGUCACUCGGCUAUUCUCAAUUUCCCGAAUGAAUACCAGUAUCAGAUUCCACCAUCUUCAUCUAGAGGGAAUCCCCAGAGCGGAGGUGAAGUCAUAGAGUUGGAGUACCUCGAUGACAAGUUGUUGGAGGAUCUACUUGAGACAUGAUGGCACUUAAAAU